UUACUCAAUGUUUUACUUACAGUUAAUGAUGUGUCGAAUCCUUCCCUAACUUUUACCACCACGGAAGAUCUCAUUCGUGAAGCGGCAGAACAGUGUACACAAAUUCUACUUGAGCAGGAUACAAUGCUUGAAAUUGAAGCUCCUAUUACUGUGUGUGGUGACAUCCACGGUCAGUACCCCGACCUGCUGCGGAUUUUCAACCGAUGUGGCUAUCCACCCGAUCGCUCAUACCUUUUUCUUGGAGACUAUGUAGACAGAGGCCGCCAACAACUCGAGGUGAUCACACUAUUGAUCAGUUAUAAGAUUCUUUAUCCUGAAUGUUUUUUUAUUCUACGCGGUAACCAUGAAUGCAAAAUCAUCAACAAGGUGUAUGGGUUUUACGACGAAUGUAAGCGCCGCUACUCCGUCAAAUUGUACAAUAUCUUCCAGGAUCUCUUCGACUCAUUACCGCUAUGUUCACUGAUUAGUGGUCGCAUUCUGGGAAUGCAUGGCGGUCUUUCACCACGGCUGAGCUCCUGGUCCCAAAUGGAUGCCUUGAGAAGACCACUCGAUGCUGAUGAGCAUCCACUGGCAAUGGACUUGCUUUGGUCGGACCCUGAUCAGUACACUCAAGGAUGGGCAAGGAACAAUCGUGGAGUAUCGUACGUGUUUGGACCAGAUGUCGUUAAAAAGUUCUGUCGAGAGAUGGACUUGGAUCUAAUCGUUAGGGCUCACCAAGUAGUUCAAGACGGCUACGAAUUUUUUGCUAAUCGUCGCCUGGUCACCAUUUUCUCCGCUCCCAAAUACUGUGGGGAGUUCGAUAACAACGCAGCAGUGAUGAUUGUACACGAUAAUUUGGUUCGUGGUAAUAAAAUGCUCUUCCAGACUACUCUAGAAUUCCGGCCAUACACUGGCACAACAGACCCUUUGAUAACAGUACAAAUUCGAAACCCUUUAUCAGACUAUAGUUAA